AUGUCUCCCCUAGUGAUUUUAUUGUGUGCCAGCUGCGUUUUGACCGCUGAAUUAAAUUCGAGUGCGAGUAAAGAAAAUGCCCGAGAGGAGAAGCUCCGGAGUGGGCUCAUUGACGCCUUCCAAAACAUUAAGCAGGCGUCCGCAGCGGGCGACGUAGAGGACGACAGCCUUAACUCAGAUCUCGUGGGAUCUGUAUCGCCCAAUGGGAAUAAAAAUCAUAAAGCACGAGAAGAAAAUUUGGACGUGUUCGCGGAUGAGGACGGUCUCACGUUCGCAGAGGCAUUCGGCGACGUUGAGCCGGAGAGACUCGUCUCCAGCACGGAGAAGGCGCACAAUGUACAGCACAUCGUGAAGACCAAACAUAUCGAGAAGACGACGUCGAAGCCUAACAAAGAUGUGCUGUCCAAACUCACGGAGUCGAUACGAAAUACGUUAAACGAAUCGAAGUUGCAGCUGAGCAACCUCAGCUCGGAGGCGACGAACCACACGGAGUUCGUGGGCAUAGAGAACAUGUUGAGGAUAGUAGAUGCGGAGAUUCUGGUGAGCCAGUGGCUCCAUCUGCAGCGCGCAGUGACUGGAGAGUGCCGGGAGGAGCUGCAGCAAUACGUCAACGGCUUGCUCAUGAAAAAGCUUUGGGCUUUAAAGAUGGAGGACGCGAGCGGCCGGUACACGUCUAUGUUCUAUUGGGGCAACAACUACUGGACGGGCUCAGCCGAGCUCUGCCAAGUGCUUAAUGAGCAACACGACAUCAGCCCCGCGAAACUAUACAACAAGAGCGACGGCUCCAUCUUGGCGGAGUGGCGUGACGACGUGUCUAUGUCGGGCUCCGGGCCGCCUUUCGCCACAGCCUUCUACAACGCACGCCUGCUCAUCACCACGGACCAGCAACAACUAGUCAAAACUCGUCGGACUCUACAUCUGGGUCUGUGCCUACCGUAUUCGUGUUCACGGGAGCAAGUGGGAGCGCUACUGGGCGCGGUGAGAUCGCCAGCGCUGCGCCAUGCCGUGAUGGCGGUGCGCUCUCCCCAACAUGGCGGGUACACCUACAUAGCAGACCCCACAUUCCAGGUUUUGCUUAGUUUAGUAAGGCUUCUAGCCCACUCACUCUGCUUUGGCCUCAACCUUUUCCUAUCUACUCCACUCGUCUAUUCUGGAAUCGUAUCCCAACUUAUAAUGAAGAACUCAUGUAUCUUUUACAGUGGAGUAUGCUGCCUGGUGGGAGCGUUACUUGUGUCAGCGACGGUGUACGACAUGCGUCUGGGUCGCGCUGUGCGCAGGCGUCGGCAUGCAGCCAACAUGGCCGCUGACACUUCGCACACCGACCACAAGCUGGACAUUAACACGCUUGAUGCCAUCACACACGUCGGUGGCAAGUCUAUGUACAACGUAAAUAACAACAUAGCAAUCAGCACUAACACGUCGGAGGAGAGGCUCACCGCGGAGACUGCAUCGCAAGACGGCCACAUCAAACUUAGUAUCUGGUCGGAGCUACUGCUGUCAUUCUCCAUGAAGGCGAAUGUGCUGCAGAUCUUCGACCAGUCUGUGGGCGCGGACACGGUGCCCGUUGUGCAUGGCCUCCGCUCCCUCUCCAUGGUCUGGGUCAUCUUUGGUCACACCUGCAUCGUCGUCUUUAAGUACGCAGACAACACCGCACUGCGCGCUAUUCUCGAGAAGAGCUUCUGGUUCCAGCUCAUCAUCAGCGCCGUGUACAGCGUUGAUACGUUUUUCUGUCUCGGUGGUAUGCUCGUGUCUUUCCUGUACUUCCGUACGAGCGCUAAGGGCAAACUGGACCUACUGACGAAGGGUCGUCGGACCCUGACCUCCGGAGUCAUACAGUUCUUCGGACUUAUUGGAUACAGAUUUGCCAGAUUAACGGCUCCGUACCUAUUCAUGCUGGGAGUGGUGGAGGUGACGAUGAAAUGGUUUGCGCACAACGCGGUGUUCGAGCCGCCGGCGCCCGAUCACGAGACCUGUCCGCAGUUCUGGUGGCGAAACCUCCUCUAUAUCAACACUCUAUUCCCUGUCGAACAAAUGUGCAUGUUGUGGAGUUGGUACCUGUCAGAUGACACCCAGUUCUAUGCGGUCAGCGCAAUUUUACUAAUCUUGGCAACAAGCCACUUCAAGCUGUCAGUAGGUCUGACAGGUGUGUUCUUCCUAUCAUCGCUGGUCACCACAGGAUAUGUAUCUUGGAGCAGCGAGCACGUGCCCAGUACUGAGGACCCCUUCACGCAAUUCGACAAGAUCUACGACAAGCCCUGGACACGCCUCGGACCUUACCUCGUCGGCAUGGCCACCGGCUGGAUACUCUUCAAGACCAACUUGAAAAUUAGAAUGAAUAGGAUAUGGGCGUAUGUGGGGUGGGCAGUAUGCACGGCCACACUGCUGUUCUUGAUCUUCGGGCUGUACCGCGCGGAGCUGAGCGUGGGCGCAGCAGCUGUGUACAGCGCGCUCUCACACUCGCUGUGGGCCGCCUGCAUCGGCUGGAUCAUCAUCGCCUGCUCCACUGGACACGGAGGUUGGGUGCGACCACUGCUGUCAGCGCCAGUGUUUUACCCGUUCUCGAGGGUAACAUACUGCGCCUACUUGGUACACCCCGUCGUGCUGCGCUACGUCGCCAUGCACCUCACACACCCCAUACACCUCGGGGAGCUACUCGUCUUCGUGUUGUUCCUGGGUUUGACAGUGUUGUCAUAUUUCUUCGCGUUCGUCAUCUCGGUGGCAUUCGAGGCUCCCAUGGUCACCAUGCUCAAGAUCCUCGCGCCGCAGAAGAAACCCCAUAGAGUUUGAAGUAUACUCUACUUCAUAUAAAGACUGGAAUAAAAAAUGGAAUUUUUAAUUUUAAAUUCGAAUUUUUAACAAUCAAAUUAAAGUAAGAAGUCGAAGUCUAAUGAUUAUGACUAAGUUUCGUUUACAAAAGCACUGAUUUAAAGAUGACAGUUAUGUGCAACAAUAUUCUAUUGCUUCAAUGAACUAUUCUCUAAUUCAUAUACAACUUGAUCACAGCGAAAAUGUGAGGAA